GGCCGCCCCGGCCCUAUGGCUCAGACCCCAGACGGCAUAUCCUGUGAACUGCGAGGAGAGAUCACCAGGUUCCUGUGGCCCAAGGAGGCGGAGCUGCUGUUGAAAACCUGGAUUCCCCAGGAGGGUGCUGAGCAAAGCCAUAUUCUGGCACUGCUUCGAUGGAGGGCAUAUUUGCUGCAUACCUGCCUUCCCCUGAGGGUGGACUGUACAUUCAGCUACCUGGAGGUCCAGGCCAUGGCACUGCAGGAAACACCUCCUCAGGUCACCUUUGAACUGGAGUCCUUGCCUGAACUGGUCCUGGAGUUUCCUGGUGUGGCUGCCCUAGAACAGCUGGCUCAUCACGUGGCUACUGCCAUCAGAAAGGUCUUCCCUCGCUCAACCCUUGGGAAGCUGUUCCGGAAGCCCACACCCUCAUCGCUGCUGGCUCGACUAGAGAGAAGCAACCCUUUAGAGUCCACAGCACCCAGCAGCCCAUGUGGUGGCUUCUUGGAGACAUACGAAGCUCUGUGUGACUACAAUGGCUUCCCUUUCCGAGAGGAGAUUCAGUGGGAUGUGAACACUAUCUACCAUCGUCAGGGUUGCCGCCAUUUUUGCCUUGGAGACUUCAGCCACCUCAGCAGCCGAGACCUGGCCCUGAGUGUAGCUGCCUUAUCUUACAACCUGUGGUUCCGGCGCCUCUCCUGCGUGGACAUGAAGCUGAACCUGGAGGUCUCAGAACAGCUUCUGCACAUGAUGACGCAGUCUUCCCACUUGGAGGAGCUGGUACUGGAGACCUGUGGCCUGCGAGGAGACUUUGUUCGGCGAUUGGCCCAGGCGCUGGCUGGACAUUUUAAUUCUGGACUUAGGGAACUCAGCCUGUCUGGAAACUUGCUGGAUGACAGAGGUAUGGUUGCACUCAGCAGACAUCUAGAGCACUGUCCAAGAGCCCUGAGGAGACUCAGCCUAGCACAGACAGGGUUGACACCUCGAGGAAUGAGGGCUCUAGGCAGGGCACUGGCAGCCAAUGCCACCUUUGACUCUACCCUGACCCAUCUGGAUCUUUCUGGGAACCCUGGGGCGCUGGGAGCCUCCCAGGAUAGUGGGGGCCUGUAUUCUUUCCUGAGCCGGCCUAACGUUCUGGCGUUUUUGAAUCUCGCAGGCACUGAUACCUCUCUAGGCACGCUCUUUGCAGCGUUGUCUGCUGGCUGCUGCUCUAGCCUCGCCCACCUAGAAGCUUCGAGGAAUAUCUUCUCUCGCACGAAAUCCAGAGCGGCACCAGCCGCGCUGCAAUGCUUCCUUGGCGGUGCCAGGAUGCUGCGGCACCUGGGCCUGGCUGGCUGCAAGCUGCCACCCGAAGCACUCAGGGCCCUUCUCGAUGGUCUGGCGCUCAACACAGAGAUCCGCGACCUGCACCUGGACCUCAGCGCAUGUGAGCUGCGGUCUGCCGGUGCUCAGGUGAUACAAGACUUAGUUUGCGACGCGAGUGCCUUGAGCUCCUUGGAUCUGUCGGAUAAUGGCUUUGGCUCUGAUAUGGUGACACUGGUGCUUGCCAUCGGGAGGAGCCGGUCUCUGAGACACGUUGCCCUUGGAAGGAACUUCAACGUUCGGUGCAAGCAGACUCUGGACGAUGUCCUGCACCGGAUAGUUCAGCUGACGCAGGAUGACGAUUGUCCUUUGCAGUCUCUAUCAGUGGCUGAAUCACGGCUCAAGCAGAGUGCCAGUGUCCUGCUCCGGGCUUUGGGUACCAAUCCUAAACUGACAGCGCUGGAUAUCAGUGGCAAUGCUAUAGGGGACGCUGGCGCUAAGUUGCUAGCCAAGGCUCUACGAGUCAACACCAGGCUACGGUCUGUCAUCUGGGACCGAAACAACACAUCUGCCCUGGGCCUGCUGGACGUGGCACAAGCCCUGGAACAGAACCACAGUCUGAAGUCCAUGCCUUUGCCGCUGAAUGAUGUAACACAGGCGCAUCGCAGCCGCCCAGAACUCACAGCUCGAGCAGUCCACCAGAUCCAAGCCUGUCUUUUGAGGAACAACCAGGCAGACCCUACUUCUGACCUCAAGCCCUGCCUUCAGGCCUCGGGUCUGAUCUCAGACCAGUCAGAGCAGGAGGUGAAUGAGCUGUGCCAGUCAGUACAGGAGCAUGUGGAGCUGCUGGGCUGUGGGGCUGGGCCCCAGGGUGAGGUUGCUGUGCACCAGGCUGAAGAUGCCAUCCAGAAUGCCAACUUCUCUCUCAGUAUCCUUCCCAUUCUGUAUGAAGCUGGGAGCUCUUCAAGCCAUCACUGGCAGCUGCAACAGAAGCUGGAGAGCCUCCUAGGUCAGGUGGGCGAGAUCUGUCGCCAGGACAUCCAGGACUUCACUCAGACCACACUGGAUACCACAAGGAGCCUCUGCCCACAGAUGUUGCAGAGGUCUGGCUGGAGGAAGCAGCUAGAAGACAUUCUGGUGGGCUCUGGGGGCCUUCCAGAACUGCUUCCAGAGCAUCUGCUGCAAGAUGCCUUCACUAGGCUGAGGGACAUGCGCUUGUCAAUCACAGGGACCCUAGCAGAGAGCAUUGUGGCUCAGGCUCUUGCAGGUCUUCAUGCGGCCCGAGAUCAACUGGUGGAGAGUCUAGCUCAGCAGGCACCAGUGAGAGUGGCUCCUGCUAUACCAUCACUGGGUGGAGAUGAGCUCAGCCCCCUUGAACCUGGGGCAUUGGAAGACCUUUUCUUUCCCAUGGAGAAGGAAGCGGAGGGAGAGAAGGUUAAGUGUCUCCAGAAUUCCAAGCCUAGGAUGCCAAAUCUUCCUUUCUUGCUCUGGGAUGUGGAAGGUGCUGCUGAGGAAGCAGAACGGGACCCCGAGCUGGCAGCUCCGGGGGAAGAUGCGGAGCCGCAGGCUGGGUCGUCCGCUCGCGGCUCUCCAAGCCCCGCCGCCCCAGGGCCACCCGCCGGCCCUCUGCCUCGCAUGGACCUGCCACCCGCCGGGCAACCCCUACGCCAUCCGACCCGAGCCCGGCCGCGGCCACGUCGCCAGCACCACCACCGCCCGCCGCCGGGGGGCCCCCAGGUGGCCCCAGCCCUGCUUCAGGAAGGGAACGGGCUCACUGCUCGUGUGGACGAGGGUGUUGAGGAAUUCUUCUCCAAAAGGCUGAUCCAGCAGGAUCGCCUCUGGGCCCCAGAGGAGGACCCAGCCACUGAGGGCGGUGCCACUCCUGUUCCCCGCACACUUCGAAAGAAGCUGGGUACCCUCUUUGCCUUUAAGAAACCUCGUUCGACCAGGGGUCCACGACCUGAUCCAGAGACCAGCCCUGGUGCAGCUCGUGCCAGAAAACCCAUCCUUGGGGACCUGCUUCGACCACCAGCCCGUCCAGGUCGUGGUGAGGAGCCUGGAGGGGCAGAGGGGGGCAUCAGCAGCCCAGACACCACUCGCAGAAAUCGGCCUCGGUACACAAGAGAAAGCAAGGCCUACUCUAUGAUACUGCUACCUGCUGAGGAGGAGGAAGGGACUGUAAGUGCCAGACCUGACAAGAGGCGGCCUCUGGAACGGGGAGACACAGAACUAGCUCCAUCUUUUGAGCAGCGGGUACAAGUGAUGCUUCAGAGGAUUGGAGUGAGCCGAGGCAGUGGGGGUGCCGAAAGCAAGAGGAAGACGAGCAAAGAUGGGGAGAUCAAGAAGGCAGGUUCUGAUGGUGACAUUAUGGACAGUUCCACUGAGACCCCGCCCAUCUCAAUCAAGUCUCGUACCCACUCUGUGUCUGCUGAUCCCUCAUGUAGACCUGGGCCAGGGGGCCCAGGGCCUGAGUCCGCCACCUGGAAGACACUGGGGCAGCAGCUGAAUGCAGAGCUCAGAGGCCGUGGAUGGGGCCAACAGGAUGGUCCAGGGCCCCCCUCCCCAUGUCCCAGCCCAAGCCCCCGGAGAACCAGCCCCUCCCCAGACAUUCUGAGUCUCCCAGAGGACCCUUGCUUGGGCCCUAGGAAUGAAGAUGGCCAGCUGAGGCCGAGGCCUCUCUCGGCAGGGCGGCGAGCAGUGUCUGUGCAUGAGGACCAGCUCCAGGCCCCUGCGGAACGGCCCCUGCGGCUGCAGCGCUCCCCUGUCCUCAAGCGUAGGCCGAAGCUUGAGGCACCCCCAUCCCCAAGCUUAGGCUCUGGCCUUGGAACCAAGCCUCUUUCUCCAUACCCCACAGACCUCUCCAGCCCUGAGCGGAGCCCUCCCUCCCCAGCCACAGACCAAAGAGGCGGCGGUCCCAACCCCUGAUCCUCUCUUCUCCUGCCGCAUGAAAU